AUGGAGUGCUUCCGCUUCAGCAACUUCGUUGCUUUCAUCAGCCUCCUUUUGGUCAAUCCGACAGCAACAUCAGGUGCAGCUGUAGGGUCUGCACCUCAAGCAGGUAGCGAUGGUAUUUGUUUCAAAUAUGUCGUCCAGGCUGGCGAGACUUGUCCUAUGAUUGCUCAAGCCCACUCGAUCACCGUGGCUGAUAUCGAAAGAUACAAUACUCGAAGCUGGGGAUGGCUUGGAUGCGGAAAUUUGCCACAGGGGACUUUUAUCUGCCUCAGCACCGGAGAACCUCUGAUGCCAGCUGCGCUUCCAAAUGCUGCUUGUGGGCCUCGGGUACCUGGAACAUCACGUCCCAACAACUGGUCUGACCUAGGGUCUUUGAAUCCAUGUGCGGCUAAUGAAUGUUGCUCCUCGUGGGGGUUUUGUGGAAGCACCCCGGACUUUUGCAGUUCUACAGCUCAUGGCGUUGGCAACCAUUCCACUGAAGGGACCGCAUCGAAAGAUACUGCCACUUCAGGGAAAUCUGCCACAUCUACAGAUGCACUCAAGUCUAUUCAGAAGCUUGUGGCUAUUCAGAAACUUGUGGCUAGCAGUGUGUCCUCAUCCACUAAGACAACAUCGACCAGUACAACCAAGUCUGCCCCCAAAGCUACAUCAACCACCAAAACCACCAAGAUUACUUCCAUUAGCAAAACCACAUCGGCAACAAAGCCAACCAAAUCUUCAAAAACAAAAACAAGUACUGGUACUAGCAAAGCGCCAACUGUCAGUCCAUGGACAGUGAUGAUGUACACCAAGAAGAACUGCAAGGGCGACUACUACAUACUCCAAGGACAUAAUGUGGAUGACAAGAAGAACUACGACUGCUUGAGACCGGACGAAGGACUCAGCGACAAACCAACAGACACAGGUGUUUCUUGCAGAUGGUCUCACAACGGCGCCUUCACUAGUUGUAAUAAUGGCACUAUCGGGUCACCAGAAUCCUGGGUAGUCAAGGGUGGUAUCUGCACUAUAUGGGAGUAUAUAUAUUGUGAUAAAACUAAACACCGUUCUAUGGGUUACUACGACAAGGCGUGUCGGAAUCGGGCUGAGUUUGAUAUAGUGAACUGGUGGUCUAUGAAAUGUUACAUUCCUAUAGGGUUGAAUGACUCUUUCUGA